AUGAAGCUAAGAAAUAGAAGAAAGCAAACUUCAAGUAAAAUUAAUUCUGUCGUCUGUGAGUCUAAGAAACGUCGCAAAACGACCGCAAAAGCAAAUCGAUGGACAGGAAAUGAAGUUUUGUUCUCUUUUUCUGUUCUCAUGGAACAGCUUCAAGCUUUUCAUCGUGAAAUGAAAUCUUUGUGUGACACUUCGACGCCUCCCGGCACAUUAUUUCGAUUAUUCUCAUUGCCAUUGCCGGUUGUGAGAAGAAAAGCAAAUCUUGACGUUAUUAAAAUUGAUUGGUUUCAUACACUGACGUCGUUGAGCUAUGGCCAACAGAUUUCGCGAAAAGCAAAAACCAACGUCAGAAAAUUUGUUGGAAAACCAUAUGAAAUGUUGGAACAGUUGCAGUCAAUCGUUAUUCCAACCAUCAAAGCUCAUCAGACUCGACAAAAUUCUAACAAUUUUUUUCUCAUUUACUUUGCUAACAUGCAAAGUUUGUAUAUUAACAUCACGAAAGAAAUAAAUGAGAUAUGUGCGAAAGAUACAUUGUUGGUGUGCAUGUGUGCAACACCAGCAAUCAGCAUUGUGUUUGUAAAUAGCGAUGUUUCAAACUUGCCCGGGAGAUAUCACAUCACAUUCACAACAGGCAAUGUUCGAAAUGUAGAGAAUGAAAAGUCAGAAGAAGCGAAGAGAAUGAGAAAACAAAUUUCAAACGAAACAAGUGCAAGGUUAACGAACCACAUGCUUAACUCAAAUACCGGCGCUUUUACGAUUAUGAUGUUGUUGUUGAGGCGUCAAAACGCGUUCGCGCACUUUUUAUGA